UUGGCUGUUUUCAGCCGCGCGUGCAUGCACCCUCGUCCAAUGGGAGCGCUCGACACUGCCUUGAGUGACUCUCCUCCGAGCAGAAGAUCAUGCGUGCAGCGGAUGCUGAUGAUCUGAGUGAAUGAUCCUUAAUAAAUAAGAAACAUGAUCCGGAUCGCUGCUCUGAAUGCGGCGUCUCAGGCUGCGGAUGAGUAUGAAGACUCAUUCAGAAGCACUAAGCCAAGUCAAACAAAGGAAGCCCAGGAGGCAGAAGCGUUUGCACUGUAUCAUAAAGCUCUGGAUCUGCAGAAACAUGACAAGAUUGACGAGUCUGCCAAAGCCUACCAUGACCUGCUCAAGACCCCACUGCUCAAAGAGGCCGUGGCGUCAGAAGAUGAGAAAGUGGGACUGAAGCACCCUGGGCUGAUGUUGAAGUACUCCACCUAUAAAAACCUGGCCAGUCUUGCUGUGCUCAGAGAUGAUCUCGACACCGCCAUGGACUACUAUGUAAAAGCCGUCAUGCUGGACUCCACAGAUGUGAAUAUGUGGUUUAAAAUGGGAAGGUUGGCCUUGAGGAAGGUCAGCAUGCCUUUGGCCCGUCAUGCGUUUGAGGUGGGCUUACGCUGUAACCCGGACCACUGGCCCUGCCUGGACAGUCUCAUCACGGUCCUCUAUUCUCUCAGUGACUACAGCUGCUGUUUGUACUACAUCUGUAAGGCUCUGGAGAAGGACAUAGGCUACAGUAAGGGCCGAGUGCUCAAAGAGAAGAUCUUUGAAGAGCAGCCCUGCCUCAGACGAGACUCGAUGAAGAUGUUCUCCAAACUGGAUGUGUCAGUGCAGUAUGUGGAUGUAGAUGAGGAUGAAGCUCACAGCAUUGUGGAGGAAGCGCUGGAACUGAGACGACAGAGACAGGCUAAAUUCACACGGCACCCGGUGGCUGACCUGCAACUGGUUCAGCCCAUCAAAUACUUCACAUGGAAGAGUGUGGGGGAGAGUUUCUUGGCCAUGUACAAACACCAGAACGCUUGCCUGGUCCCACGGCCUGACUUUGGCCGCCGAAUUGAUUUGUCAAUGUACCGUGACCCGGAGUGCCUCCUGCAAAUGCCCACCAGCACACCCGUGCCCACCCCUGCUGCUCCAGACCCUCCUCAGCCUCCCAUCAUCGUCAUUGUACCUCAAGCCCCCCCUGCCCCUCCUCCUGUUCCCAGCAGCCCCAUCUCCAGCCAACCCCCGUGCACCGAACAGCUCGUCCCACCGCUGGCUGACCCCAUCGCUCCUUCAGGAGUACCACAGAGCCAGAGCAUUAUCGAGAUCAGCACAACCACGAUCACCACUACUGUUGCCAAUGGAGCGGAGGAUGCUGCUCUUACCACGGUUACUACUGCGGCUCUGGACGCUGCCUUGAGUGAUAAAUCGAAAAAAGGCACCAAGAGAAAACGUGUGGUAGAAGACAACAUAGAGACGGCAAAGAGACGCUCUGCACGUGUCCGCAACACCAAAUGCAAGAAAGAAGAGAAGAUCGACUUCCAAGAGCUUCUGCUCAAAUUCCUGCCUUCUAGGCUGAAAAAGUUUGAAGACGAUGAAGAUGAGGAGAGUCUCAGUAACAUGGACUCUCAUUGUAAUGUCAAACCGGAUUCCCAGCUGAACCGCGGCUCCGGGUCCAACUCCUCUGAGUAUAUCAUCUCUAUGGAGUCAGAGCGCAAGGAUGUGCAUGCGUUCCUGCUGGCGAACAUGCAGAACGGAGGCAUCCUGGAGCUGAUGAUACGCUUCCUGAAGGCGGUGGGGCAGAUGUUUCUGGAGGAGUGGCCAGCGGGUCUCGCUGGAGUGGUGCUGGAUCUCUUCAUAUGCUGGAGGAAACACAGCUCUGGGCUGCCCAACCCACUGCUCAGAGACUCCAACAACCAGCACAUAAAGGAAAUGAUGCUGAUGAGUCUCUGCUGUCUGGAGCUGCAGUUGGAACAGAAGUCUAUGACGAAGGGCAAGAACAUGUCUCAUAGGAAGACCAUGUCUGCUUCAGGAAGGGAUUGUGGGGAUGUGGAUUCAGAGACGUGCUUUCAAUCGGACAUAUUCCUCCUGACCAUGGCCUCGUCUCAGAGAGAUCUGUUUGGAGACGACUGGCUCUCCUUUGCCGUCAGAGUUCACUGGCUUAAAGCACGACACCUCGCCUUUCAGGGUGACAUGGAGGAGGCGCUGGAGUGUUACGACAUGUGUGUCGGUCUGCUGAAAUGUCAGACGAGUGAGAUGGAAAAGAUCACCAUCCUCCUGCCCAACCUCAGCAUGGACAGUGCCAUCUCUCUAGAGGAGAUUGAGAAGAAGUUGAAGUCUCUAGAGCGAUGUCAGUCUCUAGAGGAGAUCCAGAGACUGUUUGACGCUGGAGACUAUCAGUCUGUGGUGCGUUUACUGCAGCCCACACUGAGCUUCGGCCAGGGCUCGGCACGACUCAAACCUCUGGAUUACAUCAGCUCUGCUCCAGAGAGACCAGCGCAGCUGCUACUGCUGCAGAGUUCCCUGCUGCGACUGAAAGACUUCAGCUCCUGCUUUGAGACAUCUGAAGUGUCUCUCAACGAGGCCAUGCAGCACUUGAACUCUUCAUUACCCAGCAGCCCCUCUGCUAAGGAGGAGUGGGUUUCCACCAUCACGGCCCUGCUGAAGGGCAUCGAAAUCUGCAUCACUGACAAGCCUGAGCUUCUCUGUCUCACGCCGCGCUCCACAAACCUGCCUCGCCUCGCCAACAACCUCAUACAGUUGAUAGCCAACAGCAUGGUCUUACCUGAUGACCCCAAAGAGGCUCAUUUCUCAUCACUGUUGCCAUGGAUUCUGCUGUACCACCUCAUCAAACAGGAGGAGGCGGCGUUCGACUGCAUGCUGCGACAGCACAUCACAGACGAGGAUGACGAUGAAGACGACACGCCGCUGCUGCCCUCCUCCCUCAUGCUCCUGAACACGGCACAUGAAUACCUGGGCCGGCGCUCCUGGUGCUGCAACUCUGAUGGCACUCUGCUUAAGUUUUUUGUGCGUGUGCUGCGGGAGACGCUCUCAGGACAGGAGAAGCUGCCGUAUAAAGAGGAUCUGGAGACGGCACUGGAGCAGUGUUUCUUCUGCAUGUACGCUUACCCGAGCAAGAAGAGCAAAGCCCGAUACCUGGAGGACCAUUCUGCCCCACAGGUGGAGCUUCAUUGGAGCGAUGCCAUCUUUAUGUUUGAGUACUUUAAGCCCAAAACCUUGCCAGAGUUUGACAGCUAUAAGACCAGCACUGUCUCAGCUGACCUUGCCAACCUGCUUAAAAGGCUUUCUGGUAUAAUCCCACGCAAUGACGGCCCCACACUCUCCGUCGACGAAGUGUCUGCUUAUAUUGAGGGAGGUGCUGUCAAGGUGCCAGCGCUUCCAGAAGGUGCUUCCCCGGCGCCCCCUGUGGUGAACGAGCUGUACUACCUGCUUGCGGACUACCACUUCAAAAACAAGGAGCAGUCGAAAGCCAUCAAGUUCUACAUGCACGACAUCUGCAUGUGCCCCAACAGGUUUGACUCAUGGGCAGGCAUGGCCCUGGCACGUGCCAGUCGCAUCCAGGACAAGUUGAACUCUAAUGAGCUGAGGAGUGACGGACCCAUCUGGAAGAACUCUCUGGCUGUGCUGACCUGUUUCAGACGGGCUCUGGAGAUCGACGCCUCAAACCUCUCCCUGUGGAUCGAGUAUGGUACCAUGUCCUAUGCCUUGCACUCCUUCGCUUCCAGACAGCUCAAACAGUGGAAACGCGAACUUCCCCUGGACUUGAUCAAACAGAUGGAAGAGCGCAGAGACUCAAUGUUAGAGACGUCGUCGCAGUGCUUUCGCGGAGCCUCUCGCUGUGACGGCGAUGAGGAGGAGUGGCUCAUUCACUACAUGAUGGGAAAGAUUGCAGAGAAGCGCAAGAUGCCGCCCAAAGACUACCUGCUGCUGUACAAAAAGUCUGCACACUAUCUGCAUGAGGAGGCAGCCAGAUACCCACGCAAAAUCCACUACCACAACCCACCUGACCUCGCCAUGGAGGCCUUAGAGCUGUUUUUCCGCCUGAGCGCCACAAUUCUGAAGUUGCUGGAGAAUGAGGAAGACUGUGGCGAAGUGUCUGAGCAGCAGAUGAAGUUCCUGGACUACGAGGUGUUCUUCAACAUGCUCGCUGAAGCUGCCGUCGGACCCUUUGCACGAGGAGAGGAGAAGACCACGCCCAAAACCAGCAGCGACAAGGAAAAGCUUCCAUCCAAUAACGAUGAAGACUCGCGCUCUUCGGCUGGCGUGAGUACCUGUCCGGCAGCGCUGACCUCCUCAUCGGUCACAUCUGUGGCUGCAGCAGCUUCUCUGCCUGGCGACGGUGCGAGAGGUGCGAGUUCUCCCCCGUAUUCGGUCACUCCGGUCGACCACGAUUACGUCAAGCGUAAAAGCCAGCAGCAGAGGCACAGGCGGGGGCAGGAGCUCCAGCAGCAGCAGCAGCAGCAGGACGAACAGAAAAGGAAAGAUCUGCUUUAUUCACACCGCAAUGCUGACUUCUCACAUGACCAUGACUACUGCGUGUGUCUCUCUGCUUUGCGGCCAGGAUCUGCGUAUGAGCAAAGUCAGGACAGUGUUGCCGGCAUGUCGGACUCCAGCUCCUUGCAGGAUGUGUUCAUGGACCCGACCAGCUCUCAGGACAGCAGCCACAAGGUCGAUCCCGGGAAGUGUCGUGUUUUCCCGGAAGAAUCAAAUGCCAUUGGAAAAGAGAAACGGGCCACAGGAGAAGACAAUAUAGGCACCUUGGAGGACAAGAACAUGGACAUCAGCUCUGCCACACUGUCUCAAGAGUCUUCUGUCACACAAGAGUCCUCAGACACCACCUUAUCCAUCACCUCCCCUGAGGCCUCGGUCCCGAAGACCCCCACCACAGACACCCCGACCCAAGCUCCCGGUCUGACCCCGCACACCACCCAACCUCACAAACCACACACCUCACACUCCCAGACGGGCUCCUCCGGCGAGGGCAAGCGCAGGCCUGAGCUGCCGCCCCCGUUCGAGGUCAUCGAGCUGCCCAAGAGUCUGCCCGCGGGACGGGCAGAGCAGAGGAAAACACUCGUGGACGUGUGUGUGAGGUCUCUGUUCCUGUGUCUGAGUCGCUUCCCACAGCAUUACAAGAGUCUGUACCGUCUGGCCCACCUGUACGCCUACAGCAGGACACACCAGAACCUGCAAUGGGCACGAGAUGUGUUGCUAGGGAGCAGUGUCCCAUGGCAACAGCUGAAGCACAUGCCGGCACAAGGACUUUUCUGCGAGAGGAACAAGACCAAUCUGUUCAACGGCAUCUGGCGUAUUCCAGUAGAUGAGAUCGAUCGUCCUGGUAGUUUUGCAUCUCAUAUGAACAGAUCCAUCGUGCUGUUGCUGGAUGUUCUGUCUCAACUGAAAGAUCACCACACAUUACUCAAAAUCUCCCUCAUGCUUCAGAGAACCCCCGACCAGGGAAAGAAGUACUUGCGAGAUGUGGACCGACAAGUUUUGGCCAAGCGAGCGUUUUGCUUCACUGUAAAAGUGCUGGAGGACAAUCUGGACAAACUCACAGGGGUAAGCGAUCCUCCUAAAGCGUCUGAAAUGACCACAGCGGAUGUUUCCAACCGGCCUCCUGCUGCAGAAGACCCCAAAUGCUCACACACCAGCCAGCCUAAAGCAGGAGUCCCCGACACCCCUACAGGGAGUGAGACGGGACCUCCUGCCGCUCCUCAACAGCAUUCAGCCACACUUCAGCUCUCUCUGGAGCCUUUGACUCAGGUCACAGCGGUCACGGUUCACCCCAGAGAAGGUACUUCAGGACUCGGAGAGCCUAUGGAGCUCGGCUUGGGAUUAUGGCCGGGUGCUUCAAAAUUCAGAGAGCCUCAAACACCAAUUGACACUGUCCCACAAGAGCAGGCGAUGGUUAAAUCAGUAGCGGAGGAGGUCGAGAAGAUCCCAGAGAGCAGUCGGGCGACGGAGCUGUCGCUGGAGGAGUUGAGCAUUAGCUCUAAACAGCAACAGCUACAGCUACAGAAUCAGGUGAACGCAGCGCCAACGCCAAGCAGCCCUGAGCUAACGCUUCCACAGAGACCCAACAGAAAGAGAAAACUGCUGGAUGACGUGGAGUCUGGCAAGACGCUGCUUCUGGAUGCGUACAGGGUUUGGCAGCAAGGUCAGAAGGGCAUGACCUACGACCUGCAGCGCAUCGAGAAGAUCAUGUCCGAGACCUACAUGCUGAUUAAACAGGUGGAUGAGGAUGUAGCGCUGGAUCAAGCUGUGAAGUUCUGCCAGAUUCAAAUGGCAACGUCGGCACAAAGACAGAGCUCCAGUGAUGCGCCAACCACUCCCAAGUUUAGUAAAGACAUCUUCUUCCCAGCAUCAUUCUCCACGCCGUGCCUCCACACACACACACACCCAGCAUCAGCGCAGGACGGGGAAGCGAAGCUGAGCAAGACCCCUCGGCCACUUCUCAUCCAGACACAAACACACACGACCACCCCAUCACAGAUCUACUGCCAACCCGACCAAUCGCAGCAGCGCAAGACGCCUAGCCAGCCAAUCGCAAGCAUGGCCUUUUUGCCCCACACAGAGGAGCGAGAGGAGCCAGCGUCUGAGGGUCUGCUGUACCGUCAGCAUGAGUCUCACCUGUGUCAGCAGAUGAAGAUGAUGGCCAGUGUCUCUCAGAUUCACAACACACACGAGUGGCCGUCCUGCUCCACACACACCAGCACAGAAAGUGAGCAGUGGAAGCAGGCUGACCCGAGUCGCAUCCGCUCCAGAAUCCCCCCCAACAUGCCCAAACUGGUGAUUCCCUCCACUGUCACCAAAUUCCCGCCCGAGAUCACCGUCACGCCCCCCACCCCCACCCUGCUCUCGCCCAAGGGGAGCAUCUCUGAGGAGACCAAACAGAAACUCAAGAAUGUGAUCCUGUCCUCUCAGUCGGCAGCGAACGUGAAGAAAGACACUCUGGCUCAGCCCGCUUUGGAGGUCCAGGAGACGUCGAGUCAGGAGUCGUCGCUGGAGAGCGAGUCCGAUGAGGAGGACGACUACAUGGACAUCUGACUCUGAUGGCCUUCGUCUGGUUUUCUAUCGCGCGAAAGGGCUUUUUCCUACCCUGGCACUCGUGUCCUGUUGUUUUUGCUCCUGCUGCUAAGCAUGGACUGGGUUUCUACGUUCUUCUGUUGUUUAUUUCGUUGCGUACGAUCCUGCAAAGUGCCAUUUUCACUGGAGAGUCUGAGAAAAACUCUGGAUGGAUGGUGUAAUAGUGGCAGUUUGUGUAAUGCAAUUUGACACACUCGAGAGUUUCCUGGGCAUUAAAUCCAUCACGACGUUGUUUACAGAUUUAACAGGAAGUAGGUUUUGCUUGACGUUUGGUGUAAAAUAAACACGAGUCAUAUCACUAUCGAGUUUCAGUGGCAUUGCAACCAAACAAGGAACGUCAGGAGUCAAAAGUGUUGUUGUUUUUUUCCUGUGUUUUCCUGCAUGUGUGCCAUAACUUCUUCUCUCAGAGCUGGCUUCACGUACAUCUGCGUCUAGAGUUUAGGAGAGUCCUAGACAUUUCUGCAUGGCACUUCAAGAGUUCAAUUAUUAUAGAUUACUGUAUUGGUUAAAGAUAUCAAGACACCAAAAAUCCCAUCGCUGUUGUAUUCCUCACACAUUUGUAGUUUUAUUAACUUUCCAUUUGAGGAUUGUAGUAGACAGCGGCUGAAAGAGUUAGUCGUGUCACCAGCACUGAGAAGAUGUGACCGUUGUUAUUCACAUCACAAUUAAAUAUGAAUGUGAUAUAACUAGCUUUUUUUCUUUUCAAGGAUUACGGCAAAACGUCACGGCCUUCUUUUAUGAGAUGAAAAAGCCUAAAAAUGGUGCUGAUCCCUUAUUUUUGGCUCUUUGAACGGUUAAAUGGAAAGUUCACACAAAAAUGACGUUGCUUUUUUCAUUCACCUCACUCCUGUGUGACUUUUUCUUUCGGGGAACACAAAAGGAGAAUUUCGGCAGCAUGUUUCAUACUAUGAAAGUGGAUG